AUGCAAGCUGUAACUGAUCCCAAUUCACCUUACGCUACAUUGUACAAACAAGCAUUCAGCAUUGUUAGAGAUCCUUUCGUAUACUUAUUCCCAGCUUAUGCUCGUAUCCCUUCUAAAUACAUUCCCUAUCGAAAUCGCGCUCGCUUGGCGAAUGAAAGCCUCCGCAAAAUCCUGGCUGAUAUAAUUACAGAACGUAGAAAUGCUAUUGGCAGAGGAAGCAAUAACAAAGACCUGCUCUCGCUCAUGAUCAUGGCUGCUAAUGGCCACUCUGAUAAUACGAAUGCAUAUUUGACCGAUGGAGAACUAGUUUCAAAUUUAGCUGUAUUCUUUGUUGCUGAAAAAGCACGCAAAGAAGUAUUAGGCAUUCUCGGGGAUUCACCAGAGGACGUUAUUCCCACUGAGGCAGAAUUGAAGCAGUUGACCUACUUGAACAGCUGUAUAUUGGAAACUAUGCGUAUCAAUCCUCCUACCUCUGGUAACCUUCCUCGUAUAGUCACUAAAGACACGGUUUUGGGCAGAUAUCUUAUUCCUAAAGAGACACGUGUUGCAAUCGAGCUUUAUUGUGUUCAUCAUUUAGAUGAAUAUUGGGAACGUCCCUCGAUAUUUAAUCCUGAUAGAUUCAAUAAAGAACAUCCUAGCUACAGAUCUCAAAGCAUGUGGAUGCCCUUCGGAGAUGGUCCACGAACUUGCAUCGGUAAAAACUUCAGUUUACAGGAGCAAAGAAUAAUGCAAGCUAUGUUUUUGAAAAGAUACACUUGGAAAUUAGCCCCUCGUAGUGAACAUCUUCAUGGCCUUAAGAAUGCUAAUGGUGGUGGAAUUGGUUUAUUGGGCCCUGAAACCUUGCAUAUCCAGUUAAGCAAAAGAUAUAAUAACUAG